ACUGUGUGACUGUGUGUAUGUGUGCGCGCGCGGGGUGCGUGAGCGCGCGGGCCUGCCCAUUUUCCUCCUCUCAGCAGUCGUCUGUUGGGAGCUGGAGGGAGGGAAGGAGACGCAGCAAGCGAGAAACCGGAGAGGAGCCGAGAGCCCUCUGCACAGGCGCCGUUGCUUGGAGGAGCAAGGUGCCUCCCAGCCCGCAAGGGCGCAGCGCACUAGCCAGCGGUCUCUUCGGUGGCUUUGCCCCGGGACUGCACCUGGAGGCCACCCCGAACUGGGAUGGUCAGCGUCUGGCGCGCUGGAGGGACAUUGUAAAGGCACCAUGGCGCUGAUGCCCUGGAGGGGGUCCUCAGUAGGGCUCCUCCGGCCGGAGCUCUGGCUGCUGCUGUGGGCAGCCGCGUGGCGCCUGGGUGCCACAGCGUGCCCUGCCCUCUGCACCUGCACCGGUACCACAGUGGAUUGCCACGGCACGGGGCUGCAGGCCAUUCCCAAGAACAUCCCACGGAACACGGAGCGCCUGGAGCUCAACGGCAACAACAUCACUCGGAUCCAUAAGAAUGACUUUGCAGGGCUCAAGCAGCUGCGAGUGCUGCAGCUGAUGGAGAACCAGAUUGGAGUGGUCGAACGGGGGGCUUUCGACGACAUGAAGGAGCUGGAGCGGCUGCGACUGAACCGGAACCAGCUGCACGCACUCCCAGAACUGCUGUUCCAGAACACCCAGGCGCUGUCGAGGCUGGACCUGAGUGAGAACGCCAUCCAGGCUAUCCCCAGGAAGGCUUUUCGUGGAGCUACGGACCUCAAAAACUUACAGCUGGACAAGAACCAGAUCAGCUGCAUCGAGGAAGGGGCCUUCCGGGCCCUUCGCGGGCUGGAGGUGCUGACGCUGAACAACAACAACAUCACCACCAUCCCCGUGUCCAGCUUCAACCACAUGCCCAAGCUGCGCACCUUCCGCCUGCACUCCAACCACCUGCUCUGCGACUGCCACCUGGCCUGGCUCUCGCAGUGGCUGAGGCAGCGGCCAACCAUCGGGCUGUUCACCCAGUGCUCGGGCCCCACCAGCCUGCGCGGCCUCAACGUGGCCGAGGUCCAGAAGAGCGAGUUCAGCUGCGCAGGCCAGGGCGAGGCAGGGCACGCGCCCUCCUGCAACCUCUCCUCCGGCUCCUGCCCGGCCAUGUGCACCUGCAGCAACGGCAUUGUGGACUGUCGUGGCAAAGGCCUCACUGCCAUCCCCGCCAACCUGCCCGAGACCAUGACAGAGAUCCGCCUAGAGCUCAAUGGAAUCAAGUCCAUCCCCCCGGGAGCCUUCUCUCCCUACAGAAAACUGCGGCGGAUAGACCUGAGCAACAACCAGAUCGCCGAGAUCGCUCCUGAUGCCUUCCAGGGCCUCCGCUCCCUGAACUCGCUGGUCCUCUAUGGGAACAAGAUCACAGAUCUCCCCCGGGGUGUGUUCGGAGGCCUGUACACCCUACAACUCCUGCUCUUGAACGCCAACAAGAUCAACUGUAUCCGGCCCGAUGCCUUCCAGGACCUGCAGAACCUCUCCCUUCUCUCCCUGUACGACAACAAGAUCCAGAGCCUCGCCAAGGGCACCUUUACCUCCCUGCGGGCCAUCCAGACCCUGCACCUGGCCCAGAACCCUUUCAUCUGUGACUGUAACCUCAAGUGGUUGGCGGACUUCCUGCGCACCAACCCCAUCGAGACGAGCGGAGCCCGCUGCGCCAGCCCCGGGCGCCUCGCCAACAAGCGCAUCGGGCAGAUCAAGAGCAAGAAGUUCCGGUGCUCAGCCAAGGAACAGUACUUCAUUCCAGGCACAGAGGAUUACCAGCUGAACAGCGAGUGCAACAGUGACGUGGUCUGUCCCCACAAGUGCCGCUGCGAGGCCAGCGUGGUGGAGUGCUCCAGCCUGAAGCUCACCAAGAUCCCUGAGCGCAUCCCCCAGUCCACGGCUGACCUACGGUUAAACAACAAUGAGAUUUCCAUCCUGGAGGCCACUGGCAUGUUUAAAAAACUCACGCAUCUGAAGAAAAUCAAUCUGAGCAACAACAAGGUGUCAGAAAUCGAAGACGGGGCCUUUGAGGGCGCUGCCUCUGUGAGCGAGCUGCACCUGACCGCCAACCAGCUGGAGUCCAUCCGGAGUGGCAUGUUCCGAGGCCUGGACGGCUUGAGGACCCUGAUGCUGAGGAACAAUCGUAUCAGCUGCAUCCACAACGACAGCUUCACGGGCCUGCGCAACGUCCGCCUCCUCUCGCUGUACGACAACCAGAUCACUACUAUCUCCCCGGGAGCCUUCGACACCCUGCAGGCCCUCUCCACCCUAAACCUUCUGGCCAAUCCUUUCAACUGCAACUGCCAGCUGGCCUGGCUGGGCGACUGGCUGCGGAAGAGGAAGAUCGUGACAGGGAACCCGCGGUGCCAGAACCCAGACUUCUUGCGGCAGAUCCCCCUGCAGGACGUGGCCUUCCCUGACUUCCGGUGUGAGGAAGGCCAGGAGGAGGGGGGCUGCCUGCCUCGCCCCCAGUGCCCCCAGGAAUGCGCCUGCCUGGACACAGUGGUCCGAUGCAGCAACAAACACCUGCAGGCCCUGCCCAAGGGCCUCCCCAAGAAUGUCACAGAGCUCUACUUGGACGGGAACCAGUUCACACUGGUUCCGGGGCAGCUGUCCACCUACAAGUACCUGCAGCUUGUGGACCUAAGUAACAACAAGAUCAGUUCCUUAAGCAAUUCCUCCUUCACCAACAUGAGCCAGCUGACCACUCUGAUCCUCAGCUACAACUCCCUCCAGUGCAUCCCUCCGCUGGCCUUCCAGGGACUGCGCUCCCUGCGCCUGCUGUCCCUGCACGGCAACGACAUCUCCACCCUCCCAGAGGGCAUCUUCGCAGACGUGACCUCCCUGUCUCACCUGGCCAUUGGUGCCAAUCCCCUGCACUGUGACUGCCAUCUCCGCUGGCUGUCCAGCUGGGUGAAGACCGGCUACAAGGAGCCAGGCAUUGCCCGCUGCGCUGGGCCCCCAGACAUGGAGGGCAAGCUGCUCCUCACCACGCCUGCCAAGAAGUUUGAAUGCCAAGGCGCCCCCACUCUGGCUGUCCAGGCCAAGUGUGAUCCCUGCUUGUCCAGCCCGUGCCGGAACCAGGGCAGCUGCCACAAUGAUCCCCUUGAAACAUACAGGUGUACCUGCCCUGGUGGCUACAAGGGCCGAGACUGCGAGGUGUCCCUGGACAGCUGUGCCAGUGGCCCCUGUGAAAACGGCGGGACCUGCCAUGCCCGGGAGGGCGAGGGUGCUGGCUUCACGUGCUCCUGUCCGGCUGGCUUUGAAGGACUGACCUGCGGGGUGAACACCGACGACUGUGUGGAGCACACGUGUGCCAAUGGGGGCAUCUGUGUGGACGGCGUGGGCAACUACACGUGCCGGUGCCCUCUGCAGUACUCGGGAAGGGCCUGUGAGCAGCUAGUAGACUUCUGUUCCCCGGAUCUGAACCCGUGUCAGCACAAGGCCCAGUGCGUGGGCACCCCGGAUGGGCCCAGGUGUGAGUGCCCACCAGGCUACGCAGGCGACAACUGCAGUGAGAACCUGGAUGACUGCGGGGCUCACCGCUGCCAGAACGGGGCCCAGUGUGUCGACGAAGUGAACGGCCACUCCUGCCUCUGUGCGGAGGGCUACAGUGGGAAGCUCUGUGAGGUGCCUCCCCGGCCACCUGCCCCCAGGGGCCCCUGCGAGGGGAUGGAGUGCCAGAAUGGGGCCAGCUGCGUGGACCAGGGCAGCCGUGCUGUGUGCCAGUGCCUCCCGGGCUUUGGCGGCCCCGAGUGUGAGAAGCUGCUCAGUGUCAACUUCGUGGAUCGGGACACUUACCUGCAGUUCACUGACCUGCAGAACUGGCCUCGGGCCAACAUCACACUCCAGGUCUCCACGGCAGAGGACAACGGGAUCCUGCUGUACAACGGGGACAAUGACCACAUCGCAGUGGAGCUGUAUCAGGGCCAUGUCCGUGUCAGCUACGACCCUGGCAGCUACCCCAGCUCUGCCAUCUACAGUGCCGAGACGAUCAAUGACGGGCAGUUCCACACUGUUGAGUUGGUCACCUUUGACCAGAUGGUGAAUCUCUCCAUUGAUGGCGGGAGUCCCAUGACCAUGGACAACUUCGGCAAACACUACACACUGAACAGUGAGGCCCCGCUUUACGUGGGAGGGAUGCCGGUGGACGUGAACUCAGCCGCCUUCCGCCUGUGGCAGAUACUCAAUGGCAGCAGCUUCCACGGGUGCAUCCGAAACCUGUACAUCAACAACGAGCUGCAGGACUUCACCAAGACGCGGAUGAAGCCGGGCGUGGUGCCCGGCUGCGAGCCCUGCCGGAAGCUCUACUGCCUGCACGGCAUCUGCCAGCCCGACGCCAGCCCAGGGCCUGUGUGCCACUGCGAGGCCGGCUGGGGGGGCCUGCACUGCGACCAGCCGGCUGACGGCCCCUGUCACGGCCACAAGUGUGUCCACGGGAAGUGCGUGCCCCUGGAUGCUCUUUCCUACAGCUGCCAGUGCCAGGACGGGUACUCGGGGGCCCUGUGCAACCAGGCCAGGGCGCCCGCAGACCCGUGUGGGGGCUUGCGGUGCCUGCACGGCCACUGCCAGGCCUUGGCCACCAAGGGGGCACACUGCGUGUGUGACCCUGGCUUUUCGGGCGAGCUUUGUGAGCAAGGGUCCGAGUGCCGGGGGGACCCUGUCCGGGACUUUCACCAGGUCCAGAGGGGCUAUGCCAUCUGCCAGACCACGCGCCCGCUGUCGUGGGUGGAGUGCCGGGGCUCGUGCCCGGGCCUGGGCUGCUGCCGGGGCCUGCGGCCGAAGCGGAGGAAGUUCACCUUUGAGUGCAGCGAUGGGACCUCCUUUGCUGAGGAGGUGGAGAAGCCCACCAAGUGUGGCUGUGCCCUCUGUGCAUAGCGUCCAGUGCCGACGGGGAGGGGGAGGGCCGGCAAGAAGCAUGGCCACCAGGAGACCCAGGCCAUGACCAAGGUGGCUCCUGGGUGGCUGGACCCUCCUGGGUGGGCUGGGGCCCACUUCUCAGGGGCCAGGCAGCUUUUCUCCAGCCGACCUCAAGCAGCCGGGGGCUGAGUGGGUGGGCGAGGCGCGGCUGCAGACCGCCCUCUCCAGAAGUGCCUUGCACAGAUAGGCGCUCAAUAGAUUUUUGUUAAAUGAACGUGUGCAUGCGGUCAGGCCAAGAAGUGCAGAACAGUGACGCUCCCUCCUUGUCUGCUACCUGGGUCUGAGGAAGGGACUGGCUUCUCCCCAAACCAGCCUUUCCCUUGAGUGUGCGGCCCACACUGGCCCCAGAAUCCCUUAACCCCUGCAGAUAACCUCGAAGGACUCUCAGCCUCCCACCCUGGCUCUGCGCCUUCUGCUACACAGAUUCUGCGGGCAGCAGGCCAGGGUGUGGAGGGGAAGGGCCCCUCCUGCUGGCCAGAGAGGGACUGACCCUUACCCCUGGACUGAUUGGCAGGCAGAGCACCCUCAGGACCGAGGCUGGAGGUGGAGGUGGGUCUUAGGACCAAACCUCUGAACCCUGAAGUUCUGAGAUGACCACUGUAGCUACAAGGAGGGGACUCACAUGGAGGAAAGGGUUACUGGGACUUCUUAGAACGGAGGACCCACUCCGCCAGAAAGGACAGGGGGUUCUUGGUUUCAGCAGUAUCAACAUCACCACUUCCAGACACUAGCCAGCAAAGGGGCAUUGCUCCUGAGCUUCCCCAGCCAUCAGCCUGCUGCUGCUGAGCUGACGGCACUGGGACAGGGUGUAGGGGGCUUGGGCCAGGCAGCUCGGCCACGCGGGGCCUGCCCCCAAGGAGAUGGGGUUCAGAGCCCCUCAUGCUGCAGACCAGCAGGGAACUGUGGUCCGGGCAUCAGGAAACCUCCGCGGGCUCUGUUGCUCUGCAGAGUUCUUCCCUGUGGACCUCAGUCUCCUCAGCUCGCACACGGGGAGGCGGGACAACUAGAGCAAUGGAGACCCUCCCACUGUGGUCCCAGGAGGGCGGCCGCAGGAGUUAGAAAUCCAUCUUCAUUAAUCACAUCAACGAGUAUUCAUGUGCCUGACCGGGGCUGGGUACUGUGGGUGUUCUGCCCUCGUGGACACAUGCCAACCAAUCACAGUGCAUCACAGGGUGACCAGGGUGCCCUGGGAAGAGAGCCGGGCCAGACGAGGGCUCCAACCACAGGCACAGCCACGGCCUCGGCUGGAGCGGCGCCCCACAGGCUGUUUGCAAGGAAGGACUUGGUGUUUGAAGCGUCACUGAAUACCAGACAGUGACUACAGAUACUUCAAUCCCGUGCAGAAUGAAAAUGUAGAAAAAUUACCUUUGAGCCUAAAUAGCGAGUUGGCUGGAAGACAGGUCACACCCUCCUGUCUCAGGUGUCUCCCCAGUGUAUUCCUGGGGAGUGCUGGCGGGCCAGGGUGGUGAGCCCACCUUUUCCAGGCUCCUUCCACCUGCAGCCAUAAGGCAGGGUAGGGGGAGUGAACGGGUGGGGUUGGGGUGGUGUGUGCUUGUGUCUUCAGCCACCGUGGCAGCGGUGGCGGCGGUGGUGGUGAGGGCCUUGCUGCUGAGUAGUAGAGGGCAGUGUGACUGUGGGUGCCUGGCAUGUUCCAUGACCUUGGUCUCAGGCCGGAGGGUGUGAGUCCUGGGACCCCUGUAAUGGAAAGAGGACCCUGUCCUGCCCAGUUGGGGAGGAUCUGUCCCUCACCAGGCACUGGGCUCUAUUUCCUUGUAGCCCUGAGCAAGGCCACAGUGCCCCUGCCCCCUGUGGCCAGCAGUGUGGGCCUCACUGCAGAGCAUCCCUCUUACCUAGAGUUCCUGAGCCCCUGAGGGACUCGGAGAACAGCCAGUACCAGGCUGCACAGGCAGGAAAGCUGAAGUGCAGCUAGUUUGUCCCUUGGAACAGGGGUGUUCUUGAAUCCACCAAUCCUGAGGAAUGUACCCUCCCCUGGCCACCGCCACCUCCUGCUGCCUUGGAGAAGCAGUUUCCUGGGCUCGAGGGGACCCUGGCAGGCAGGGGCUUCUUUGCAGAAAGCAGGACACCUGCAGACAGGUGAUGGCUGCCAGGAUCCAUGCAGCCCCAGUGCGACAGGCUGGGGAGGGCAGGCGGGGGGGGGGGCACCCCGUGGGCUCGCUGCUGGCCCUGCUGGCCCCUCCAUAAUGCCCCGUGCCCCAGCCCAGUGCCACACUCACCCCUGGUGGAGCCGCAAGAUCGGGAGCCAGCAUGAGGGUGAGGGCAGCAAGGGGCUGAGAGAGCCUUGCGCCCUAGGACCAAGUUUUCCUCAAGUUAGCCACCCACCUGCAAGUUAAGGGCCCGGAUCCCACUCAUCUGGCCAUUCACACUGGGGCCCUCUGAGUCCCGGAAGGCUACCAUGAUGUCAUCUGUCUGAGAAGUCAUCUCCACACCUUGCCAUCCCCUUGGUGAAGACCUUUAGUUCCCUUUGACGUCGCCAUGGGCUGUUUCCAUUCAACACACACUGAAGAGACUAAAGCAGGCGAGUCCCAAGGACGCUGCUGCUCUGGCGGCUCCGCGGAGGACAGCGGCCCGGGCCCCCCGCGGAGGGGUCUGGAGGUGGAACAUGCCAGAUGGACUCGUCUCCUCCCCGCCUGCUGUUAGCCUAACCACGAAAGUAUCUCUUUAUACAGAAUACUUAACAGAUUCUAAUAUAUAUUUGUAUUUCA